AUGCUUGAAAUUUCGAGACUGUUCGACGGAGCACACGGAACGCGGGUCGGGGGGAAAUGCAUCGAUCGGGAAGCUCGUGCAAGUGCAAUGUGCGUUGCAAAGGAUAGCGGGCGGGUAUUGACCGGCGCGCGCGGUGCGGCGGCGCAGAGCGGCCCUGCACUUGACUCGUGGCGGUGCAUCGGCCGCCGCGACCCGGGGAGGCUGCCCCCACACCUCUCCUUGCACACGCCGUCCGCUCCUCUCAAUUCCGAAAUGCCAGGGAUGGUAGGCGUGAGUGGGCUGGGGGUGGUGUGUGGGCGCGGGGUGGCGGGGGGCGGUAGGGUGGCGGGGCGGCUGGCUCCAAGGUCGCAGAGUCACAGCCGGGCAAGGUCGGCGUGCCCGCGCGUGCCCGAGCGCCCCCCACUCCGCCCCGUACCCGAUCGCUCCCUAGAUUUGCGUGGGAGG